AUGGCUAAUCGCAGUGAAGCCAAAUUCCUGAAUGGAACAGAAAGGAAAUUUUACCAGUUUAAGCUAGUUCUACUUGGAGAAUAUUCAGCUGGCAAGUCAAGUUUAGCACUGAGGUUUGUGAAGGGACAAUUCCAUGAUGAUGAAGAAAGCACAAUAGGAGCUGCAUUUUUUACACAGACAAUAUGCCUCGAUGACUCAACAGUUAGAUUUCAGGUGUGGGACACUGCAGGCCAAGAGAAGUAUCAUAGUGUUGCUCCACUGUAUUACAGAGGAGCCCAAGCGGCCAUCGUGGUGUAUGAUAUUACAAACCAGGACACAUUUGGGAGAGCCAAGACGUGGGUCAAAGAACUUCAGAGGCUAGCACUGCCAAAUAUUGUUAUUGCACUUGCGGGUAAUAAAACAGAUUUGGCCAAUAAAAGAAUGGUGGAACAUGAUGAAGCUCAAGGUUAUGCUGAAGAAAAUGGUCUGCUCUUCAUGGAGACCUCCGCAAAGACAGCUAUAAAUGUUAAUAAUAUGUUCUUGGCAAUUGCCAAAAAGCUCCAAAAGAAUGAGCAGGUGAUUGGUGCGGGAACCACGGGUAACGAUCGGCGACUGGUUGAGUCUGAAGGUCAGCAGAAGGCACCGGGAAAAUGCUGCAAGUGAUCCGUCUGAAUGCCAUUUUGGAUCUUCUUCAAAACUCAUGUCAGUGUUUACUACCGACAAAAUGGAAUUAAAGUGUUGGUAGGAGAAAAUCCAUGUAUUGUUUUGAAAUAUGUUACAUAUUUGGUAUGCUUAGUUACAGUUUACACAUUGGAGUGCAGGAGUUUGGCUCCCUGGCCCUGUGCUCUGGUAUCUUGCUUAAAUUAUUUUUCUUAUGGUAGCAUAGUUGGUUGAGGGGCUAUGCUACAAGCCGGAAGG